UCAUAAAUAUAACAAUAUAUCGACCAUUCUCCCUUACAUUCAUCAACCAAAAACUUCAACAUGGCUCCCUCUGUCUCUAUUUCCAUUCUGAUAGUAGUUCUUUAUAUCUUCAUGAAUGUCCCAAAUAUAGUUAUUGCAGCUGGUUCUGUGGCAACAUCUAAAUCUUCCUCGCUAAAACAAGAAGUGCAAGCUCUGAUGGAGAGUGGGUGGUGGAGUGGCUCUUCCAACUUUACCACAAGUCAUUGCGACUGGCCAGGAAUUAAAUGCAACUUCGGUGGAAGCAUCACAGAGAUUGACAUAGCUGGUAAUAUCUAUCUUGGAGAUAAGUUUAGGAAAUUUAAAUUCUCUUCCUUUCCAAAUUUAGUCCGUCUUAGCCUUAGUAAUAAUCAAAUUCUGGGGUGCAUCCCAUUUGAGAUAGGUUCCCUUUCGAAGCUCACCCACCUUAAUCUAUCCCACAAUUAUCUUACAGGUCAGUUGCCUCUUUCACUUGCAAACCUCACCAAAUUAGUGAAAUUUGACAUUUCUUUCAAUGGAAUUACUGGUUCCAUCCCCAAAGAAUUCGGAAAUUUCAAGAAUCUUCUUGAAUUAAAUCUGAGUCAUAACAAAUUCACCGGACCGAUCCCUUCAACUCUUGGCCUUUUAACCAAUCUUUCCAAUCUGAAUUUGUCCUUCAAUGAAAUUAACGGUUCUAUAGUGUCAGAAAUUGGACUGCUAAAGAAUCUGUUAAAUUUGUACCUCAAUAACAACAACCUUGUUGGCCAAAUCCCUUUGACAAUAGGUCAUUUAACAAAGUUGGAAACUUUGAACCUUAAUUGGAAUAUGAUCAGUGGUCCCAUCCCCACAGAACUAGCUAGUUGCUUUUUGAUAAAAUUCUUGUCUUUAAGCCAUAACUAUUUAAAUGGAAGUGUUCCCUCUUGGGUCAAGGACCUUUAUGCCCCAAUUAAGAUUGAUCUCAGCUACAAUAACCUCACAGGCAAUGUUCCUAUUUCUUUAAUUAGGAUGCGUGAAUUUAACCUGUCAUAUAAUUCAUUGGAGGGUCGAGUCCCAAUUAUUUUCAAAAAUUAUGGAUUUGAAGUAUUUAUCGGCAACAAGGAUUUGUGUAGUGACAUCAAAGGUUUUGCUCAAUGCCCAUCUCCAUCUUUAAUUUCCCCUUCGACUCCACCUCUUGCUCUUGAAAAUAUUGUGUCUCGCAUGGAAGAUGGUAGGGAGAAAGAUGAACACCCAAACUUCAAAAAAAAAAAAUUUGGUUCCCCUCAUUGUUUUCUUUAUUUCUUUUUCAUUUUUUACCCUUUUACAGCUUUUUGGGUAUUUUCUCCACUCUCAAUGUCGGGUCAAGAAUCUUGUAGAACAAAAAAUGGGAACUUGUUCUCAAUAUGGAAUUAUGAUGGCAAUAUUGCAUUUGAAGACAUCAUUGAAGCCACAGAGGACUUUGACAUUAGAUAUUGUAUUGGAACUGGUGGUUAUGGUAGUGUUUACAAAGCACAAUUGCCUAGCGGCAAAGUGGUUGCCUUGAAAAAACUUAAUCACUUAGAGGCUGAGGACCCAACUGUUGACAAGAGUUUCAGGAACGAGGUUAAAAUGAUGACAGAAAUUCGACAUCGGAACAUUGUGAAACUUCAUGGCUACUGUUUGCAUAAGCGAUGCAUGGUUUUGAUCUAUGAAUACAUGGAAAGGGGAAGCUUAUUUUGUGUGCUAAAUAAUGAUGUUGAAGCUGUGGAAUUGGAUUGGACAAAGAGGGUGAACAUCAUCAAAGACAUAGCACAUGCCAUAUCAUACAUGCAUCAUGAUUGUAACCCAAUAAUUGUUCAUCGAGAUAUAAGCAGCAAUAACAUUUUAUUGAACUCUAAGUUGGAGCAGGCAUUUGUCUCUGAUUUUGGUAUAGCUAGACUUCUUGAUCCUAACUCCUCCAAUCAAACUUUAGUUGCUGGGACUUAUGGCUAUAUUGCUCCAGAAUUGGCGUAUACUAUGGUGUUUACUGAAAAAUGUGAUGUCUAUAGUUUUGGUGUGGUGGCAUUAGAAAUAUUAAUGGGAAUACAUCCAGGAGAACUCUUGACUACAUUAUCAUCAUCAUCGUCAUCUUCUCGAAAUAUGAUGUUAAAUGAAAUAUUAGACCAACGCUUGCCACCUCCAAAUCGAAUAGUUGCACGGGAUAUUUUCUUUGUUGCAACUAUAGCAUUUGCAUGCUUAUGCACCAAACCAAAGUCUCGGCCAACAAUGAAUUGGGUGUCCCAAGAAUUUCUUUCUCGUAAGAAACCAAUAGCCAAGCCCUUACAUGUGGUUUCACUAUGGCAGUUGAAGAACCAAGAAAAUUAUAUGGUUGGAGAUAUUGAAACUCAAUAA